AUGGUGAGCGCAGAGAACGUGGCAGAAUGGAAGCGCUUGCGCAAGAUCGGUAUCAUUGGGAUGGGCGCGAUGGGGCAGCUAUACGCGGAGCGGUUUUCCGCGGCGGGCUGGCAGGUGCUGUGUUGCGACAGGUCUGAAAGGUACGCAGAGUUGGUGGCCAAGUACGCAGACAGCGCGCUCACAAUUCUACAGAAUGGCUACCUGGUGUCCCGGGAAUGCGACUACAUCAUUUACUCGGUGGAGGCCGCGAACAUCGGCGCGAUUGUGGCUCAGUAUGGGCCAUCGACAAAGCUGGGAGCCAUUGUCGGCGGGCAGACAAGCUGCAAGAGCGGCGAGCUCCAGGCAUUCGAGCAGCACCUGCCGGCGGACGUGGACAUCGUGACGGUGCAUUCGCUGCACGGGCCAAAAGUGGACCCCGAGGGCCAGCCGUUGGUCCUCAUCGACCACCGCACGUCGCGGCCGGACUCGUUCCCCUUUGUGGAGGCGCUGAUGUCCUGCCUGCGGAGCAGGCACGUGUAUAUCACAGGCGAGGAACACGACCAAAUCACGGCCGACACGCAGGCCAUCACGCACGCGGCAUUCCUCAGCAUGGGCCUGGCCUGGUACAAGCGGCAGGUGUACCCCUGGGAUGCGGGCGCCGGCAAGUGGUGCGGCGGCCUCGAAAACGCCAAGAUGAACAUCUCGCUGCGCAUCUAUUCCAACAAGUGGCACGUCUACGCAGGGCUCGCGAUCACGAACCCGACCGCUCACUGUCACGUGACGGUCUACGCGCAGAGCGCGACAGACCUCUUCACGCUCAUGAUCGAGCACCGCAAGGACACGCUGCGCGACCGGCUGCUCGCCGCCAAGGCGGCUGUCUUCCGGCACCGCCGCGGCAACCUGCUGCUCGACGACGCGAUGCUGGACCGCUUUUCGCUGUCUAAGGCGCCGCUGCCGCCCGGCUCCACGCCGCCGCCGAACUCGCACCUCUCGCUGCUCGCCAUCGUCGACAGCUGGCACCGGCUCGGCAUCGACCCCUAUGACCACAUGCUCUGCAGCACGCCGCUCUUCCGGAUCUUCCUCGGCGUUUCCGAAUACCUGUUCCUGGCGCCCGGCCUCCUGGAGCGCACCAUCGCGCACGCCGUCGACGACAGCACGUUCCGCGCGGACGACCUCGAGUUCGUCGCCGCCGCGCGCUCGUGGUCUCAGCUCAUCUCCUUCGGCAACUUCGACCUCUACCGCCGCCAGUUCGAGGAGGUACAGCGCUUCUUCGAGCCCAUGUUCCCCGAUGCGACACGCAUCGGCAACGCGAUGAUCCGCACCAUCCUCGCCCACGACCCCGGCGCCUAG